GGUGUGCCGAAUUGGACCAAUCGCGGCGAUGGUGUAUUGCCCGAUCUGCAAGCGCAACGAUGGCAAGAAGCAUGGCUUCACGGCCGGCCACGUGCGCAAGGCCGAGGCCUUUGUCGCGAGACAGAUGCAGAAGACCACGGAGCUCCUAGAGCGGGCGAAGACGCCGCCGUUCUGGUGUGUCUUCUGCGAUGCCGACCAAGACGACAUUGCACACCUCGCGACCAAGGCCCACACCAUGGCUGUGCGUAUGUUCUGCAAGACGCACCGCUGCACCUUCGACCCAAAGCUCAUGGGCAGUCCUCUACCAUUACGAGAAGAGCCUACGCCCAGCGAGCCCGUCGUAGCGACCGUACCUACCGAGCCGGCCGCUGGUCGCCGCGCCGACGUCCAAGCUGCGUUCUUGGACUCGGUGGCCACGCGGCUGCACGAACGCUCUGGCGGCGUUGCUAUCCCGACGCCUCGACUGCCGUCGUCGUUUCCCAACGUCACGUCUCCGCUUGGCGUGAUCCAGAAUCCCACCGGCGUUGACGCAGAGACUGGCGACCGCGUCUGGGGCGGCGGCAUCGUCAAGGUGUCCAAGAACGCUAUGACGUCAUGGCCCAUCGAUGCGCUCGUGCAGCAACUGCUUCGCCUGCGCUUUCAACCAACAAUCCCGUCCGAUGACCAGCCGCGCGUCACCGACAUGGCGCAUGGCCACGGCCUGAGCUCGAUCCGACGCGCAUGGGCGUCCAAGCCGGUUCACAACGUCCACUCGGGCGCCGUGCCGCCGUGGCUCGUAGCGUCCACGGAAGAGUACUACCGCCGCAACGCUCGGACACCAUCCACACCAACCGUCGCAACAACCUCCAGCUGGCUGCCCAAGUUUGGCGGCGUCUGGGAGGCGGGUCCGCGGAGCCAAACCAAGCGCACCUUCACGGCCCCGCUGUCGUCUCGAACAGUAAAGAGCGUCCAGCCCACGACCACACCACCGGACGCUGCACCGUCCAACCAUGACCAAUGCGCGUCAUCGGUCGAUGCCAAGGCGGUCGCCCUCGCCACGCAAAAACAAGAUUUACGCGCGAAAUUGCGGGCCAAACAACUAGCAAAAGCCCCAAAUAUUAUCACGGGCGACUAACGACACUGUUUUCCACCUUGAUUUCUUUUAAUCCACCUUGAUUUCUUCGAAC